CCCGGACUUGACGUUAACACCAUUUUGUAAACCUUACAGGUUGAGGCUCACUCACAGUGCGCACCUCAGAGAUACCAGCUGGUACCCAGUUCGCGUGGAUUGCGAAGACCUUCUGGACUGGCCGUUUCAAAGGAAAGAUCCGUCCAACCAUGAGCGCCAAGACUGCCAUCAGUUCAGCCGUCUUCUUCGCCAGUCUCCUGACCAUCGCCCAGGCGUGGCUCGUCCCCCAGCCGCAACAGAACGUCUGGGCUGUCUUGGCCAAAUCACUGGGCCAAGACCACAUAUGUCUCAACCAAGCGAGUGCCGCGAAUCCCAUGGCAUCCUGCCUCGUGGGGAUCCCAUUUAAAGAUCGUGAGAUGCCCAAGAUGCUUCUAGGUUAUGCUCAAAAACUUAGACAAGAAGCUGCUAAAAUGGAGCAUAACCUAAAGCAUGCCCAUUACAUCGUCGCGUGGUACAAUUAUAUUAAAAGUCUUCCAAAGUUAGAAAACGAGCCUCAGGAGCUGGAGCUUCUAGGUUCCGCCAGAGCCGAAUCUUGUUUUCAUAUCCGCAACGACCACGUCCAGCGUCACCACCGUCAUUUUGUCUCCUCCAAAGCCCAUUUUAAUACUCAUUGGUGUAACGCUGUGUCCUUUAGUUAUCCUCCAAUCCCUCCCCAAAAAUCAGCCCAAGUCUUUGCCCAUCCCCGCCAGCUUCCUAGGGGAACAUUCUUGAUUUGCGGAGACCACGCAUGGGCAGGUAUCCCCUCUCACCUCUCCGGAGGCCCGUGCACCUUUGGGACCCUCGGAUUGUUUUCACCCAACAAAUCACAAAUUUUGGAUUGGGUUACACAAAAUUCUACAAAUGGUGCACAUAUAUUGGCACACUCUAGAAAGAAGAGAGAAGACUACUCUCUCAAAAAAUUGGCAGACGAUUGCGAUGAGGAAAUUAUCCAUUGGAGCAGAUCUAAAGGCAUCGCAAUCACAGUAUUUGCGCCGUGGGUCGCCAUUGCUAAGACCCUCGGAGAAUUAGGCCAUUUGGAAUGUUGGGUAGCUAAGCAAUCCCGUUUGACUUCUAGGGCCCUAUCAAACCUCCUGAAAGAUGAGGAAAUUACGAGGCAGGCAACCCUCCAGAAUCGUGCAGCCAUCGAUUACCUCCUGCUCCUCCACGGUCACUCGUGUGAGGAGUUUGAGGGGCUCUGCUGCUUUAAUUUGACAUCUAGGGCCAAGGGGACUCGCGAGGCACUCAAACAAAUGGAAAACAUGAUAGGAGACAUCAAGCAAGAAUACGGGGACUGGCUCAGUAAUUUGUUCAAGGGAUGGGGGAUCUCGGGUUGGACGGGAUCGAUUCUUAGAACUGUUCUGUUAAUUGUUUUUGUGCUUUUUGUUGCUAUUGCCAGCCUUGGACUAAUGAAAAAGAUGUUGCAGAAUUUGAUUUCUUCCUCCACAUCACCACUCAAAGCUGAAGUCCACCGAGUAGCCGUUGAAGUAGGCCCAGAAGUGUUCAAGGAGGAGGAGGAAAGCUUCGUUGAUGAGGACGAGCAGGCUGAACAGCUUGAAAUCAUCGUGGAAGAAGUGCGCAGCUUUCCUCGAGAACAAUGGCCUACUCAACAGCAGUGGUUUGCAGAAUCAUACCCACGUUCUGAACACCUGGUGGACCCCCCUCAAUUCGGAUAUCUGAGAUAGGACUCACAGGGUCAAAAAUAAAAGAAAAGGGGGAGAUGUGGUGGUGUGGAUGGUUGGACUUUCCCCAUUUCAGUAUGUUAAACCUCAGUUGGACUCCACAAAGAAAGUUGGGACAGUGUAAGCAGAAACAAGCAGGUGCUGUGAAGGACUGUGACAAGGAAAAGAAGGACAGACGAGGGAGAGGAUUUAAAGAGAGAGACUUAAGGAAGAAGGAGAGGGUGCUGAAAGAAGGAUAUAGGAAAGAGGGUUUUGAGGCAGAGAGAAGUUGAAAGAUAUAUGGGUGGUUUACCAAGUAGGAAGGAUUUAGAUAUGUGGAAAAGAUGAAAGGCUGGUGGGUCCUAUAUUGUAUGUUCUGUACAAUGCUGUAUGUUCUGUACACCCCCCCCCCUUUAUUGAAAUUCAUAAGUUCCCCUUGGUCACAUGUUACCUUUUCCCCUCUUCCCGCCACUGUGUUAUCCCUCCCCUAUCCCCUAACUGGUUCAAGGCUUGCAACCCUUCCCCUUAUCUCCCAAGUGUCAAGGUUCCAUUGGUUGCCGCAAAGAGGGACUCCCAUUUCUCCUCCCCUACCCCGAAAGCAUAUAAGCUGGUGCAUUUCUUUGUUCGGGAUCCAGUUCCAGUUCAGCCUGGUUCCACUUCGGUCUGGACAGUGCUAUGUUGGAUUAAAGUUGUGGUUCCUCUGUCUG